AUGUUCGACAUGUUGUACUUGAUUGGUCAGUUUGGUGGUGCACCUCAUGAGGAUGCAAGGCAACAUGUUCGAGCAUUUUUGGAGGUGUGUGACUCCUUUCAACAACAAGGAGUUCAUGAAGAUGUACUGAAAUUGAAGUUAUUUCCAUACUCUUUGAAUUAUCGUGUUAGGGCAUGGCUUAAUGGAGUACUUUCUGGCUCAAUAAAAUCAUGGGCAGACUUAUAUAAGGGACACCUACGCAAGUGCACCAACAAUGGAUUUCAUGAUUGGAUGCAAGUUGUUAUGUUCUACCAUGGUAUAAAUGCUCUAAUAAGGUUGAUGCUAGAUGUUGCGGCAAAUGGUACUUUGCUGGACAAGUCGCUUGAAGAAGCAUUUGAUAUCUUUGAUAGGAUAGCAAACAAUGACUAUCAAUUUUUUUUCAAGGUUAAGAAUGGGGAAAAAGAUCAAGGGACAUUUGGCGAAGUGAAGGAAGUCAAGGUGCCAAUUUCUGCAUGUAUUUUAUGCCAUGGAAAUAAUGUGAACGAAUGCCCUGACAACCACGAGUCUGCUAACUACAUGAGAAACUUCAAUAGAGGCAACAACAACCCCUAUUCGAACACUUACAAUCGAGGAUGGCUUCAAUAUCCAAAUUUUAGAAUCAAUGAGCCAACAAUGCCAGCAGCUCGAAUCGACAACACAAUUUGGUUGAACCCCCAGACAAAAGAUUUCAUGACUUCAACUAAGGUCUUGCUGCACAAACAUUCUUCAACAAUUAAAAGCCAAGGCAUAUUGUUGCAAAGUCAGAUAACCUUAUUGCAAAGUCAUAGUUCAUCUUUGAGAGCGUUAGAGAAACAACUGGGCCAAAUUGCCACAGCAUUACAUGCUCGCCCACAAGGAAGCCUCCCUAGUGACACUAAGCUCAAUCAAAAAGACAAGUUUAGAGGGAAGAAGCAAGAAAUUUUUCACCAUGGUACUGUACUAGAAGAAUCUGAAGGUCAAGAUGAACUUGUUGUACAAGAAGAAUUGCCUAUGGAGAAAGACAAUGAUGAGGGUUCAACCAGUCUCUCUACUGAUUAA